AUGAAGCUCCAAAUUCUUCUAACCUAUUUCCUUGUAUUCAUUCUCUCCAGCAUUUCAACCAUCACAGGUUGCUAUGAGAAUGAAAGAGCAGCUUUGCUAUCUUUCAAAUCCCAGAUCAUGGACCCAUCAAAUCGUCUGUCAUCAUGGCAAGGGCACAACUGCUGCAACUGGCAAGGGAUACAUUGUUCAGGUUCACUCCAUGUAAUCUCUGUUGAUCUCCGGAACCCGAAGCCUUACCUCCCUAUAAUAAACUCAAAUUCAUACCAUGUUUCCACUUCCACAUCCGAAUCUACUGCUCUCCGUGGCACCAUCUCUUCUUCUCUUUUUACUCUUACUCGUAUCACUUAUCUUGAUCUCAGCUUCAACAACUUCAUGUAUUCAAGAAUACCCCCUGGAAUAUCAAAUUUUACUCGUCUGACAUACCUGAACUUAUCGAAUGCUGCAUUUAGUGACUCCAUUACAAUCCAAUUUGCGAACCUUACAUCUCUUGAAAGCUUGGAUCUUUCGUGCUCUACAGUCGUGUCUGAUUUCUCUUCCAUUUCUUAUGACUUAUCUUUUGAACUGAUACAAGUUGGUAGCCCAUAUGGAAAUGUUUAUAGCAGCAAUCUUUCAUCAACAAGUUUGCAUUGGUUGCAAGGGAUGCACAAUCUCAAGGCUGCUAUGGUUGUCCAAUUGAGAAUAUCUGGUGAAUUGCCAAUAAGUCAACUUCUUAAUCUCACUCAACUCUCUGUUUUGGUAUUGGAUUUCAAUCCUAUUACAUCCCAAAUCCCAGUUCAGUUGGCCAAUUUGACUUCCCUUUCAGUAAUUCAUUUCACCGGCUCAAACUUGCAAGGUCCAAUUCCUUACAUUCCACAGCUUCAGGAACUUCAUGUGGGUAGCACUGACCUUACAAUUGAUCUAAAAUCGAUGUUUUCAAACCCUUGGCCCCGAUUAAAGAGCCUAGAUAUCAGGCAUACACAAGUUAAAGGUUCUAUUCCACCUUCCAUCAGCAAUACAACUUCCUUGAUCAGGUUUGUAGCUUCGGGUUGUUUAAUAGAAGGCGUUAUACCUUCUUCUAUUGCAAACCUUUCCAGGAUGGAAAUCUUGAAACUGAACAUCAACAACUUAGUUGGCCAUCUUCCACCUUCAAUAAACAAUAUGAGAAGUCUUCAAGCUUUGUCCCUGAUCCAGAAUAAUUUGCAAGGACCAAUCCCCGAUUCAAUCUGUAAUGUUUCCUCUCUUUGGUAUCUUGCUCUAGCGAACAACAAUUUUUCAGGAAAAUUGCCAGAUUGCAUUAGCCAUCUUCCCAAGCUUGAUGUGUUGUUUGUUACUUCGAACUCUCUUAAUGGAGAAGUCCACACAUUGACUUCUUUACUCCGAGGCUCUAAUCCAUAUAUGAUAGGCCUAUCAUUUAACCAUCUCACUUUGAAACUAGACAAGCAAUCAUUACCACCUUCCUUUCAACCUGAAGUCUUGGAACUCAGUUCCUGUAACAUUGAAGGUAACCUCCCCAAUUUCUUCUCUAACCUGACCAAACUAAGAUACUUAUCUUUGUCUUACAAUUACUUGUCAGGAGCAAUCCCACCGUGGCUGUUCAAUCUACCACAACUUGGUUAUUUAGAUCUCUCUUUUAACAAACUGCAAGGAUCAAUCCCACCUUUUAUUCAGCUGAAAUCAUUUUUCGGUGCAACAACACUGAAUUUGGCAAACAAUCUCCUUCAAGGACCGGUCCCUUCCCAACUUGUCAAUAUAGAUGCUAUCAACUUGUCUGGGAACAGUUUCACAGGGCAUAUACCAGAGCAAGCAGGGCUUGGAAGUGUAAGGUACAUUUCAUUGUCUAGUAACAAUCUUGUGGGUCAUAUUCCAGACUCUUUCUGCUAUCAAAAGAAUGCCUUAAUGGUCCUAGAUCUAUCCAACAACAGUCUUUCAGGUCCACUACCUGGCAAUUUAGGAAAGUGCAUAUAUCUUAGUGUUCUAAACCUCGCACAUAACAACUUCAGCAAUUCAGUUCCUGAAGUGCUAGAAAAUGCCAGGAAUCUAAGCUACCUAGAUCUUACUGGCAAUCAGUUUAAAGGUCCUUUUCCGAGUUUCAUUCGAAGACUGAAAAGCUUGGUGGUAUUGCAAAUGGGAUACAAUAAUUUUGCUGGAAAGAUCCCUGGAUUCAUUGGAGACCUCAAGAACCUCCGGAUUCUAGUGUUAAAAUCCAAUUUCUUCAGUGAAUUAAUCCCUCCUGAGAUAAAUAAGCUAGAGAAGCUACAAAUCAUGGACUUGUCAGACAACAAUCUCUUUGGCACCAUCCCUGAAAAGCUAGAAGGAUUGAAGACAUUGAUAACUCGACCAACAGAUGGAGAACUUUUGGGUUAUGUGAUCUCAUUCAUGUAUUCUGGUGUGGAACUAAGCAUGGCUUACAAAGGUCUAAUAUAUCAAUUUGACUGUGUCAAGACGUACCAUAGUGGAAUAGAUCUCUCUCUUAAUGCUUUGACAGGAAAAAUUCCACCUGAAAUGACCCUUUUAAUAGGGUUAGCAAUGCUCAAUCUUUCGCAUAAUGCUCUAUCGGGUGAGAUCCCAAGUAAUAUAGGAGACAUGAUUGGCCUAAACUCACUAGAUCUGAAAUUCAACAGGUUUAGUGGAAAAAUCCCAGACUCCAUAAAUUUACUGGACUCUCUUGGUUAUCUGAACUUGUCAUAUAACAAUUUGAGUGGGAAAAUCCCAGCUGGGACACGAUUUGAUACCUUGUAUGGGGAUGGUUCAGCAUACAUUGGGAAUGAACAUUUAUGUGGUGCUGGAAAUUUGAUCAACUGUAAUGACAAUACUUCUUCCUCUAGUGAAGAAACCAAAAGUGUGGAGGAUAGUAUAGACAGGCUGCUGUUCAUCGGAGUUGUAGUCAGUGGCUAUGGAGUUGGUUUCUGGGGAUAUUUUGGGGUUCUUUGUUUGAUAAAAGAACAGCAUAGAAGGAGAUACUGGAAAGCCAUUGAAAAGAUUGCCUUCAAAAUUGUCAAGAUGUUCAUGCAAAGAUAG